AACGAAAAAAAAAUGCUAUUCACAAUUGAGCAACUGGAGCUCAUCAAAAAGCUGCAGCACACCGGGAUGUCAUCCGAUCAGUUGCUCAAGGCUUUCGGCGAGCUGGAAGUUCCAGAGCAGCUUCAGAAUAACAACACAAUUGCCGCAGCCCUGUACAGCCCACUCCUGGUCCAACAUCUCACAACACCCAAAUCAGAGACUCCAGUCAAACUCACCGUGCAGACAGUGCCGACACCUGUGAAGUCAGAGCCACAAUCUUCAAAUUGCUCAUCACCAUUUGAGCAUCCGAUAUGCUCGAAUGCUCCGCGGCCGAUUAGGAGUCAGCGAACGCCGAUGAAGGAGAUUACCACACUGGACGAUCCGAAUGAGCUGGAGGAGUUUAUGAAGCAGGGCGAGGAGGCGUGCAUUUUGGAUAUGAAGACGUUCAUCACACAGUACUCGUUGCGGCAGACUACGGUAGCAAUGAUGACAGGAGUAAGCCAGCCGUACAUUUCAAAAUUGCUCAACGGCAACCACCGUGAACUAUCGCUCCGUUGCCGUAAGAACAUCUACUGUUGGUACCUGAACUGCCGACGUCAUCCCAACAAACUCGCUGCCUUCCUCGCCGAUCCGACAACUCGCCUCGAGACGAAUGGAGAUGGCGAGCUGAUCCCACAACGUCGAGAACGCUACGUGUUUCGUCCAAUUCUGAUCCGAAUGCUCGAAUCGUUCUUCACACAAACGCCAUUCCCAGAUCUUCCACGGCGAGUCGAAAUAGCGAAUGCUUGCAAUCACGUUCUGAAGAUGGAUAAGAAAGGUGUUGGGUUGAUGCCAAAGGAGGUGGUCAGCCCUCAAGUCGUUUCGAAUUGGUUUGCAAAUAAGCGGAAGGAGUUGAGAAGAAGAUCCGCUGAAGCUUCGGCCGCCUCCACCUCGUCCGCUUCGUCUUCUGCGUCAUCGACUGCUAAUCAUGAUUCUGUCAGUGUGUCCAGCAUGAGCCCUCGCGAUGAAGAGACAAGCUCCCGUAACACAACCCCGGAGACAGCAAUCUCCCCGUCACCAGCAGUGUCCACUUUUGAAGUGUCCCGCCCGUCUGCCAUCAUCUCUGCCACGUCAUCAACAACCUCGCCAAUCUCAAUUCCAGCAACAAUCAUUCCAUCAGUAUCGCCGUCAGCUCUCGAACUUUUCGCCAUGGCCCAACAGCUUGGAGUUCAGCUUCCGGUUCCAUUUCCAACAUUGCCAACACACUUUUUCCCGUUUCAAAUGGCUCCGUUCUACGGGAACCCGGCUUCUAUUUUGAAGUCUGAGUGAAGCAUUUCUAAUUUUCUUUUCUUCUUUUCUACACCAAUAUCUUUUUUCCAUUUAUUCAACUUAUUCUUCAUCCCAUGACACGAAAACCUCAAUUCUUUCAUAUUACAAACGAUGCUCCGUUUCUUACGCCCUGCCCCACACACGCCCCGUCGUCCAAAAAUCAAUCAAUAAUCGAUUUUUCAUAAUAUUUAAUUUGUUUUUUUUGUGUUUCACUGCUGUUUUAAUAUUUGAAAAGUACGAGUUUCUUCAAAAACAUUUUUUGAAUAAUAUUUGCUUCACACUCCACGCGUUUCGUAAUGUAUCGCUUGCCCUGAAAUUUUGUUGGAAAUUCCAUUUUUUGUGCAAUUUUUGUUAUUUUUCAAGCGAGAAUAAAUAUUUUCUAGUUC